AUGAGAUCACGCGAACAACUAGAGGUGCGACAAUCGGAACUUUUGAGAUUAGAGCAGGCGUUGAGACGGGCUGAAGAACGAGGGAAUUGUGAGGAACUGGGGAAGAUUGAAGCCAAGAGGUUAGCCCGACAGGCAAAGGAGGACGUUCGAAAAGCUGAGAGUGCCCUUAGGAUGCACGAGGCUAGAGCCAAAGGGCGGGAGGAGGGUCUGAAAGACGGUAUGAUAAAGGAGUUCAGCCAAAAGCGGGACAGUAUUUGGCAGAAGGGGUACCAAAGAGGCUACGAUGAAGGGAGGGGCGCUGGGUUUGAGCAAGGACGGAUUAACGGCUGGAAUGAGGGAAUGAAAUACGGAAAGAAUCAAGGGCUCGAGGAAGGCAUAGGUAUUGGAAAAGCAGAGGAACGAGAGCAUGCCUUAGCAGCGUUUGACAGGUUUAUUCGAGAAGAAAUUGAGGACCAAGACAAGCGUCACAGCAUGGUUCAACGAUGGACAACAAUUCAGGACACGGAUCACGGAUCGCAAAGUGAGUACUUGUGA